CCUUUCACUUUCUCGGAGAGCUUUUAGUCGUGUCCCGAGACUGGUUCUUCUGCGUGCUGAUGUUUUGUUGACAAGGAGUUUUCUGGAAGCUUAAAGGUGAAGACGCCUGUGUCGUGCUGUCCCGCAGACGCGACGAUGGCACAGCCUGGCCCGCUGCUGACGAUCCCGGAGCAGGACGUGCGGGACGUGGUCCUCACCCGCACCAGCGCCGGCGCCUGCCUGCGCGGCUGCCACCGCAGGACCGGUCGCUUCGUCACACUCAAGCUUCUGCCGCUGCGUUCGGCUUCGGAAAGCCAGUGGAGCGAGAGAGCCCUGGGAGACCUGGAGCUGGUCAGACGGGCUUGUUCGGAGCGGGUUCUGGCCCCUCUGGGCUUGUACCGGGCGCGGUGGCUGGUGGGGACAGUGUCUGAGUGGAUGCCUGGGGGUUCCCUUCACUCUCUGCUCUAUGAGAUGCAGGUGUACCCUGAAUUCCCUAUGCCCCUCCGGCUCAGGAUCCUAUUGGAUGUGGCUGAAGGGUUGUCCCACCUACACUCCAUCCCAGUCUCCCACCAGGCCCUGAAAUCCACCAACGUGCUGCUGGAUCAUCAGUACCGGGCCAAGGUGUGUGACCUUGGCCCAUGGAGUGGGCGGAGCACAGCCUCGACUUGCUACGAGGGGACUGGCCCCUGCAUCAGGGACCUGGCGUACCUGUCACCUGAGCAGCUCCGAGGGGAAACGCCCUCAACGGAGGCAGACAUGUACAGCUUCGGGAUACUGCUUUGGGAGACCUUGAAGAGAAGAGCUCCAUAUGAAAAUAUCAGCCGGCCACAGGAACUGCUGCUGUCUGUGCACAGCGGGGUGCGGCCGGGCGUGGAGGGCGAGGCCCCGCCUCCCGGGGUGCCCCACGGCCACGCCCUCACCCAGCUCGUGGCCCGCUGCUGGAGCAGUGAUCCACAGAAACGCCCCACUGCUGUCGACUGCAUGCUGGAGCUGAGGAAGGCGCUGGCGACCUUUCACCCCGAGGCUGCCGCCCGGGCUGCCCUCCAGCUGAAAGAGAGCAAGGAGAGGGCGCUGCAGGGAUGUAAAGCCCAACAGGCUGAGGAAAUGAAGCUGGAGAUCAAUAAUCUGGAGCUCUACGGUGGCUGCAAGGACACAAAAAGCACCGGCACAAAGACAGUGCCCAUGGAUCGGGUCCAGGCAUCCACACCAUCCCCACCACCCCACAGUCCCAGCAACACUCCCCCGAAAAGCCCCUCCCCGCCCCCCCAGGGGAGGACCACACCCUCCCAAGGGAGGACCACGCCCCCCCAGGGGAGGACCACACCCCAGACCACUAGCUGCAGAGGGUGUGGGAGUCCCCCCCUCUCCCAGCCGAGCCGGAGUCACAGCUUCCCGACUCCCCAGCAAAGGAUUAACACAGGGAGGGCCUACCAGCAACACAGCCCCUCCCCUCCACCUGUGUACUGCUCCACCCCCUGUGGCACCCUAGACCCCCCUAAAAAGAGCCCCCCAUGCCAGCCAUCUCUUCGUUGCCAGAGCCUGCCAAUGGGGUUGCUGGAUGGGCAGAGCUGCUGCAGGAUCCUGCGUGAGAGGCGCGAGGUCAUCGUGAGGGGCAUGACGGAGGGGCGCCUCAACUACGUGCUGGACGUGCUGCGGGCCCGGCAGGCCCUGAGCCGGGAGGCGUACGAGCUGAUCACCGCCGCCCUGACGCUGGCCGCGCGAACCCGCUCCCUGCUGGACACCUGCCUCUGCCUGGGCGAGGGCGCCGCCACCCUGGUGGCCUCCAGCCUGGGCUUGGUCUCCGUGGUGACCACCCGCAGCCCCUGCCACCUGUAUAACUGAAGAGGAGCCGGGUGGGGGGUUAGGGUGACCUAUCGCCAGGAGAUCUCCUCAGG